AUGGUGAUUGGUGAAUUUGGAAGGUCUGAAGCGCUAACGUCCUCAAGUUCCAAACCAGGCAGCGGAAACCAGCGGGAUGUCGAGCCGCAGAACCUCCCAAACUUACAUUACGCUGUAAAAGUCCCGUUGCUGGAUGGAGACGAUCAGGACAGCAAACACCACGACGCUGAGGAAGCACGGAAGAUCAGUGCGGUUCCGAUCCACCGGCGUCCGGACCUGCUGGUACCCUGCGCGGAUCUGGUCAACUCCGAGUGGCGGAGGAGCCAGGCAGCCCGGGUCCACUCCCUCCAGAAGUCCUGCUCGGAGUUCCCCGUCUGCCUGGUUCUCCUGCAGGGCCCCAGAGGGACAGAGGAGAGGCUCCUCGGCCACGCCCGGCUCACCCGGGUCGUGGGUCAUGGCAGCAGCCUGUUUGUAGAGUCGGUAGUUGUGUCCAAACAGGAGCGGGGGAAGGGCUACGGACGGGUUCUGAUGGAGGAGACGGAGCUCUAUGCUAAACGCAGAGGCUUCAGGCGUCUGUGCCUGACCACCCAUGACAAGCAGCACUUCUACGCCCAUCUCGGCUACGUCCUGUCCACGCCGGUGCAGAGCACGGGUUCUGUGAUGGCGCUCCUCCCUCUGGGGAUGCUCCUGAGACUUUCCAGAGCUCCAAACACGGAAGCAAACCCAACGAAACAAACUCCAACAAGAAUGGAAGACUUGGAACAGCCUCCUCCACCGCCACACUUUUCAGGACAGCCUGUAGUUCAGACUUUGACGGAAACUCCCUACAGAGACGCCAGAGGAGUUCCCAUCUUUUGGAUGCACAAGGACAUUUGA